GCCUCCUUUGUCCUCUGCGUGCGUGCCUGCAGGCAAGCCGCGGCCGGCGGUGGGGCGCUCGAGCCUCCUCCUCGGAUGUCGCCGCAUCAUCAACGGCGAAAGAGGCAAUUGAAUCAGGCCCGGCCGCACAAAGGGCUGGCCCACAACACUGCCAGCACUCUCUCCAGGCUUGCCUUCGCUCCUCCACCAUCCCGCCUGUCCCGGCUGCUUCGCUGCGCCGCCGUCCACACCGCCCCUGUCACUCCUCCAUCCGCGGCGCGACGCAGACGCGCUGCGCCGUCCACCCAGCCACUCCUGGCACCAUAGCCAUCGCACGCUGGCCACAGCUGCAUCGAUCUGCCACUCCGGCAACCUCCAGCCGCUCGCCCUCCGCGCACGCGAGCCACGCACGCCGCCAUGCCUGGCAGCACCGGCUCGUGGCGCCGCCGCCUCGAUCGCACCGCCAAGGCAGAGAGCUAUCGAAGACAGCGCGAGCAAGAGAACAGCGGCGACAGCACGUCGCCAGACUCCAGUCGCGCCAGCUCUCCUGCGCCCUUCGCUCGUAAACGCUCCGUGCUUGGCUCCUCGACGGGCGCCAACACGCCUCCGCGCUCGACGUGGAGCGGCGCCAUCGUCACCACCUCCAUUCCGACGCCACGCGCACCGGCCGUGCCUCUCAAGGCCUCGAACGGCUCCUGGUGUCAACGGUCCGCAAUAGCAAGUGCGCAGAUCGCCAGAACAGCGCCCAUAGAGCGGCCUGUGUCGCCGCAAGAUCGAUUCUUCGCCGAAGCUACCGCCGCCAGCCUUGCGCUCGGCGCACCGCGCUCGAGCUACAACGCGCAGAGCUGGGCUGAGCUCGAUGGUAGGCGUCGCAUGCGAGACGACAUCGCGGACAAGCUGCAGCUCAUAGCGCAGUGUCCAGACUCAGACGAUGUGGAGGAAGAAGGGAAGGAGGAUGAGGAGGGAUGGGCUGCGAAAAGGAGAGAAGGGACGGGCCGUGGCGGGUCCAAGUAUGCCGGGCAAUUGCCUCGCGGCCGCGUGAGGAUCCGGGCCCUGGCGCCAUCUGGCCCAGGUGCAGAAAGAGACGACGAAGAUGCCGAGGAGGAGGAGGCGCACUUCGCGCCAUCGACGCUGGGCGACGUCGACUUCAGCGCCGCGUUUGAGCGCGAGAAGAGCAGCAGUCCGUCGAGGCUGCAGAACGACUCGGCUUCCACAUCCGUAGAUGACUCCUCGCCGCUGAAUCCUGAGCCUCGUGUGCUCUUCUCGCUUGGCACGCCGACUGAGGACUUCGACGCGGGCGCGACAGCCAAUCUAGAGACUCUCGGGCGUGUCAUGAACUCCCACGGACGUCGUUGCCGCAGCAUCAAGGCUGCGCAAUGCGUCCGGCGGCGCACGUCAAGUUCCAACCGCCUCAUCAAGGCCCUUCCCACCAAUCGUGCGCAGCACACUCUCGCGACAGCAGCGCGCGAGGAGGAAGGUGACGACGCGCCGCACAAGCGUCGCAUCACGCUCGCGCUCGAGCUAGACGCUCCGGAGGCGCCUUCGCCAUCGCUGCCGCCGCCGAAGGUGCAGUCGAGCUGCAAGAAGUGCAAGGAUGAGUCCUGCACUUACGAAGAUCUCUUCAACGAGCAUCAGCGCCUCACUGAGCUGCUCGAGUCGCGCCAGCUCGUGCAUGACCUGUACCAGGCGCGCAUCGAGGCGCUCGACCGCCUGCUCGGCAAGGAGCCGCCGGCGGCAGAUGACUCAGAGCCAAGCGAGGCCAGCGCCGAAAAAGCAGACUUCACUGCGAAAGCCGCGCGCCUCUUUGACCAGAUCCAAUGCGCUGCCAUGGAAGCGCCGGCGGUCGAGCCUCCGAGGCCAAAGCAGGUCGUCACGGAGAACUGGAUCAUCACUGUGCCCCAGGGCAUCGUCGUAGGUCCGGCACCGCCGCUGCCUUCAGCGCUCCAUGCGCCGGCGUAUCUGCGCAGCCAAGCACGCCCAGCCAAGUCGAAACAAGAAAAGCAGGUGCUCGUGCGCACGCGACGAGAGAAUCUCUGGCCGGCUCCGACGAGCAAGUAUCCGCUCACGGUGAGCCACAUGCUCGAGAAGGCGCGCACGAUGCAGAAGGCUGGCGUGCCUCUGUCGCCGUCGAUGCAGCGCGUGGUCGACAGCGAUGCGAAGCUGCGAGAGCUGCUCCGCUCUCGCCCGCCGACGGGCACUGCCAAGCCCAGCGCUGUGAAGGUGCGCGACGCGGCCUUCGAUGCGCAGGUCAAGAGCGUACUGCUGGCGCUCGAGGCCGAAGCCAAGGCCGAGCCCGAUCGCCUUGCGCUCUUCGCACACCUCAAGGCCACGCUUACGGGCUCGGGCGACGAGCGCAAGAUCGACGUCCUGGCAGUCAAGCUUCGCGUGUUGCGUUCCUGCGCGUCCUUCUCCGCCAAGGAGGUGGCAGAGCAUCGCAAGCUGUUCGGUCGUCUUGGCGUCUCGCUGCCGUCGACGUGGGGCACAGAGCUGGACGCGAGUCUUGCGCUCAUCGAUCCUAUCUUUGAGCUGCUUAAUCACGCGUCCGAAGCUAAGGACGGCGCUCGACGCAUGCCGGAGAGCAUCAUGGAGGGCCUCAUCGAUCUGCUCACCGACUUCCUCGACGUCGCCGUCAACCACUACGCUGAGCAUCGCGACCGCGUACGCCAGUUCGUCGAGGGCCUGAUGAUGCCGACGGCACGCCAGGUGGACGGGACGCUCGAGGUCGCCGACAUCCUCGCAGAGGGAGAGCUGUCGAGCGCCAUUCUCAUCGUGGCGUACGGUAACGCCCGCUCCCUCUCCACCUAUCUUUCGAAGCGCGUCGAGAAGGAGACGAUGCCGCUCGCACUGGCGCUCGACACGAAUCUGCUGCAGCUCGCGCUGCGCAUCGUCGCCGUCGUCUCGAAGCAGCUCCACGCUGUUGUGCUCAAGGGCCAGCCGGCGUGGCAUUUGCUCCCGCGCGACCGCGCUGAAGGAACGAAGGCGUUCAACGAGAGAAUCUUGCGUAUGUCGAAGGAGGAGCCUUUCGCUUACCUUAAGCGUCUUGCUGCGGAGGGCACAGGCUCGUCUUCCUCUGAGUCGGAUGCCGCGCCAGAGACAGCGCCGGAGCCGGAAGAGCCGGAGCCCAAGGCCGAGCCCGAGCUUAAGGCCGAGCCCGAGCCGACGAGGAGCGCCAUUCGUCGAGCGCAGCGCAAGCAGCAGAGAGCGGCGCUCGAUGGCACUCCCGAAUCGGCGACUCCAGCGCUCGACCUCGGCGCCGACCGCUACGUCCUCCGCAUCCUGCCCAUGACGAUGCGGCGCGAUCUGAUGCGCACGCGUAUGAGUUGUCUCUUGCAGUUCCUCAUCGGCCAUCUCUUCCCGCCCGGCGCGCUGAGCGCUGCCAUGACCGUCGGCGGCCUGAUGAACGACUACGCGAAGGGCGUCGGCGCCAAUUGCGACCUGGGCAUCAGCGAGAUCUGCUCGACGGUCAUGACGCCCGCCAUGCGCAAGCUGCAGGUGUACGAGCACGCACACCAGGACCGCUCCGCCGCCAUGCUGCUCACGACGGGCGUGGCGCUGCGCAGCGUCCUGACGCGCUUCGACCAUCGCGAGUCGGACGCGAUGGCGUUUGGCUACACGGUUGCCUCCGAGGCAGGCCUGCGUCGUCUCUUCGCCGUCGUGGAGCGGCAGCUCGAGACGCUCGAGCGCAAUUACGACGGCGAGACGGGCACGUUCUUCCGGCAACUCGAGGCCGGCGCCGACGGUCGUUCGCGCCUCGAGGUCGGCAUCGAGCUGUAUCGCGGCGUGGACCUCAAGGCGCCGCUCAUGAAUGUGCUGAAGCUGCUCAGCGAGGUCAUGUCGGCGCUGCUGAAGGCACAAGUCGCGUCGCAUAUGGAGAAGGAGCGCGGCAUCCUCAAGCGAGAGGCGCACUACGAGCUCGAUCCGUGGGAUGUUGAUGACCGGCUAUCGGAGAACUCGCUCGAGAUGCGUCGCAGCAAGCUCUUCGAUGGCGGCGUCGGCCCCGAGCUCAGUCUCGAGGCGCUGUGCAUCGCCCUCCCGCAAGUCUUCUGCGAUGCCCUCGAGCGCGAGACGCUGCCCGAGGCAAGCAAGAUCUGCAUCACCCUCAAGAAGAACCCGCACCCGCCCAAGGCGCGCGCCACCAAGAUCAAGCAUUCGGCGGGACGCAGCCGGCGUCCGGGCAUCUGAUCGCCAGCAGCGUCGCGCAGCAAGGCGCGAGGCCAUCGUGCGGCGACCACACCACUCACAUUUCCCUUCUGCGUCACGGCUGUUCUGCAACCACGCACUCGUACCCACGCACAUCAUUCCCGUCCAUCAAGCAUCCCUCUAGGCCAUUCAAUGUCAUCGUGUCACU